AAGAUUAAUCAUCAGGCCCAGUGAUUCAAAGUCGGUUAUCAGCAGAAAAUCGAAUAACUCAGGGUUCCAAUUUCAAAUCAAUCUCCGAUUUUCGAUUCCCAAUUCAUCUCACAAACCCUAGCGUUAAGAAAAAUGCAUCCGAAAUCAUUCCAAAUCCUGGUUCAAUCGCCAGACCUUCAGAUUUGCCCUAAAACCGUCACCGGCGAACAAACCCUCUCCGACCUAAAACAUUCCCUCUUCCCCAAUUCAUCAUCCUUCUACUUCACCCUCAAUGGAAAACCCAUCCCAGAUGAUGCAACUUUCUCCAAUUCCCGAAUCGCGCCUCUUUCUACUCUCGUCCUCCAAUCCCGCCUCCUCGGAGGCGGAGGAGAUGGCGGCGCUACCGGCGCUGAGUCCCGCGACUGCUACCUUAAAAUGUACGCUGAGAAAAAGCCGGAUAAAGUGGAUCCCAACGAGCAGAGGCUAUCGAAGUGGCAGAAUUGUGCGUUGUCGAAUGAGCCAUUGAGGGAACCGUGUGUGAUUGAUAAGCUUGGGAAUAUCUUUAACAAGGAAUCGUUGGUGGAGGCUUUGUUAGGUAAGAAGCUUCCUAAGGAAUUUGGGUAUAUUAAGGGUUUGAAGGAUAUGAUAAAAAUUAAGCUUUCGUCCAUUCCGGGCGAAGAUGAUGGGGCUAAGUUUCGGUGUCCGGUUGCAGGGCUGGAGUUUAAUGGAAAGUAUAGGUUUUUUGCUUUAAGAAAUUGUGGGCAUGUUUUGAGUUCAAAGGCUUUGAAGGAGGUUAAGUCUUCUGCUUGUUUGGUUUGUCACGAGGAAUUUGGUGAGGCUGAUAAGAUUGUGAUCAAUGGGAAUGAAGAGGAAGUGGAGGGUUUGAGGGAGAGGAUGGAGGAGGAGAAAGCCAAGGUUAGAGAGAAGAAAACCAAGAAGGUGAAGAAUGGUGAUAAUGAGGCUCUGAAUGGUUUGAGUUUGGAAGGUUCGAAGUUGAGUGGUAGUAAGCAUGGUAUGGAUGUGGAGAAGGCUUCGGCUAAGGUGGAUAGAAACGGGAAGGUUGUUAAUGGUAAUAAAAGUGUUAAUGGUGGUGCUGCUGCGGCUAAGAGGUUUAAGGCGACUGAUAUUGCCCCGGCAAAUGCUACCGAGGUCUAUGCGUCUAUUUUUACUUCUUCUAGGAAGUCUGAUUUUAAAGAAACAUAUUCUUGCAGGUCUCUGCCUCUUGGUAGAAACUAACUGUUGUGUAUGGUAUACAAAGUUUGUACUGAUUUAUUCAUGUUGAAUUGAAAUUUUAGUUUGUUAAGCUUUUUCCUGUGAUGAUGUAGUUGGUGGUUGCAUUCCUAGCAAAUUGUGUCAUUAAUCUAUCUUACUUUAGAAAGGGUUUUUGUUAAUAAUGAAUUAGUUAUAUGUAAUCAUUGUUCUCUUUUAAAUUGACUCUUCAAAGUACAAACUAUGUUAUUGUAUAUCAUUUGUUUGCUAAUGGUAAUGUGUGUGAAGGUCCAUCUUCUCCA